GAAUAAUUUAAAAAUUAGUGUCCUUUAGUUUAUAGUUUUAGGGAUUAAAUUGAUUGAAUUUAAAAUUUUGGGGGUUUUAAGUAAAACUUAAUAGAAGUUGAAUGGCCCUAACUCAAUUGUCCCAAUUUUGCUUACCACAUGGCAUUGUCCCAACCAAGUUUUUUUUCUUUGUCGGUGGAAACUUGGAUAAGCCUCCAGAAGGCCCCUAAAAGUCCCCAUUUUUUUCCUGCGUCUUCCAGCCAUCCCUGCAUCCUUUUCUUCCUUCUUUCUCCAGCCAAGGUUAAGGUGCUUUUUUAGGUAAGUAUAAGUUUUAGUUAUGAAUUUGGGGUUAGAGUUUUGGAUAGUUUAAAUUGGUGAAAUUUGACUCUAAUCCUUUGGUUUAUAAGAUUUUUGGGUAUUAGGAUUUUGUUAAAAACAUGUCAAUUUUUGGGGUUUAUAUGGGAAAGACAAUGAGUUAUUCCUUUAUAUGUUUGAUUUGGUCUGAAUUUUUACUUGCUGGAAUUAUAAGUAAAUUGUAUUGUUCAUGAUUACUGUUCAUAAUUACUGUUUAUGAUUACUGUUCACGUAAUUACUGUUCAUGGAUUACUAUUCACGCACUAAUUACCAUUUAUGCAGUACAUUUCAAUUUCUUUCAAUAUGAAAUUCUAUAGAAUAUGUGAGUUGUGUAUGUGGAUAUUAAUAUGAACUUGAAUUAUCCAUGCGAUUGAUUAAUGGGGACAUUAAAUGGGAUAAUAUCCUAAUAGUAUUUUGGACAUAUUCUGAAUUUGUUUGACAUGCAUAUGUGUUUGUGGCUAUGGAGUAAGUGGACCUAUGCUUAAAGCUUGGGGUAUUUAGUGGACCCUUCGGGGUAUUUAAUAAACCUUUGCGCAGUAGGGUUAGUACUGUGAUUAGCUCCAGUACAGUGUUGCUAGCACACCUCAGUGGACUCUAUAGCAUUAUAUGAUUUUCGGUUUUAUGCAUUGCGCUUGUGACGUCGUAUUUGUGAGCAUAUGAUUUUAGUAUAUGAAUUCAAUUUAAAUGUCAUUGAUUAUUCCUUGACAUGUGUGCUUAUGAUUUAAGAUAUUAAGUUAUUAUUUAAAUAGUGAGAAUUAUACUAUUAUAUGAUUUGGUUCUGUUGUGUCUCACGCUCUUUGUGUGUAUAGGUCUAGAGGUCUUAGGACCCAAGUUUAUAGCUUAAACUUACUACUUACUGGGCUUUUAGUUCAUAAAAUUCCCCCUCCCCCAUUUCAGAUUAAUAAACUGGAGUAGCGGCCACUCAGUUUAAGAGCUCUCGGUAUAAAUCUCGUAUGCCGAC